CUAUUCAUAUUUUAUUAAUAAUAUUUAUAUGGGAAGACACAAAAAAAAAUAUGGUCUAAUAGCAAGAUAACGCGGCAAGUGACAAGGAUCUAUCUAUAUAUCACUUAUUGCUCCCACAUGCAUAUGGAUUUGUAAAAAUCGUUGACUUUGACUUCGUAGCCCUCAAGUCGUCUCUCUCCCUCUAUUGAUAGCUAACCAAUAGCUUCUCUCAAUCACACCGCAACAAAUCACAAUGAAUUCACUCUCCUUCACUCUCUUCAUAUUUUCUGUCAUUACCUUUCUACAAUGUUUAAGUUCAACCGGAGCUGCCACGUGUCAUCCUGAUGACGAGGCGGGUCUUUUAGCUUUCAAAUCCGGUAUAACACAAGAUCCUUCGGGCAUGCUCAGCUCUUGGAAGAAGGGUACUUCUUGCUGCUCGUGGAAAGGUAUCAUUUGCUUUAACAGUGACCGCGUCACCAUGCUUGAACUAGUAGGAUUUCCCAAAAAACCCGAACGUUCCCUCUCCGGCACUCUCUCACCGUCGCUAGCCAAACUCCAGCACCUAAGCGUGAUUAGCUUAGGAGGUCAUGUGAACAUCACUGGAUCUUUUCCUAAGUUCCUUCUCCAAUUACCAAAGCUAAGGUACGUUGACAUCCAAAAUAACCGUCUCUCCGGUCCACUUCCGGCUAACAUCGGCGUGCUAAGCUUGUUGGAAGAAAUCUUUCUUCAAGGAAAUAAGUUCACCGGUCCCAUCCCGAACUCGAUAUCGAAUCUAACUCGAUUAUCUUAUCUCAUUUUUGGCGGUAAUCUCCUAACCGGGACUAUACCCUUAGGGAUUGCUAAUCUCAAGCUCAUGCAGAAUCUGCAACUCGGCGACAACCGCCUCUCUGGCACCAUCCCGGAUAUUUUCGAAUCCAUGAAGUUGCUCAAAUUUCUCGAUCUCUCCAGCAACGAAUUCUACGGGAAACUUCCUCUAUCGAUUGCUACACUGGCACCGACACUCCUGGCCCUCCAAGUGAGCCAGAACAAUCUCUCUGGGGCGAUCCCAAACUAUAUAUCAAGAUUCAACAAGCUUGAAAAGUUAGAUCUCUCCAAGAACCGGUUCUCGGGGGUUGUGCCUCAAGGUUUCGUCAAUCUCACCAAUAUUAACAAUCUUGAUCUCUCUCACAAUCUUCUAACCGGUCAAUUUCCUGACUUGACCGUCAACACUAUCGAAUAUCUUGAUCUCUCUUACAACCAAUUUCAACUAGAAACGAUUCCACAAUGGGUGACCUUGUUGCCGAGCGUCUUCUUGUUGAAGCUAGCAAAAUGCGGGAUCAAGAUGAGCUUAGAUGAUUGGAAGCCAGCGGAACCGUUGUACUACCAUUACAUUGAUUUGUCGAAAAACGAGAUCUCAGGGAGUCUAGAAAGGUUCUUGAACGAGACGAGGUAUCUGCUUGAGUUUCGGGCGGCGGAGAACAAACUUCGAUUCGAUAUGGGGAACCUAACGUUUCCGAGGACACUAAAAACUUUGGAUCUGUCAAGGAACUUGGUAUUUGGUAAGGUGCCUGUCACGGUGGCUGGUCUACAAAGACUAAACUUAAGUCAAAACCAUCUUUGUGGAGAACUUCCUACGACAAAGUUCCCGGCUAGCGCCUUCGCCGGUAACGACUGUCUUUGUGGCUCUCCACUUUCUCCUUGUAAAGCUUAGUAACAAGAGAACUACAAUUUUGUAUUUGGAUUUACUUUUACACGUAGUUCCAAAUUAGAUUUGUAUUAAUAACAAAAAAAUUGUUUUAAGAUAUAAAAAGGCUCAGUUACAAUGA